AUGCGUCGCGUACGCCUGCAGAAUCUAAUGGAACAGAAAGUGUUUCGAUUUGAUAGAAGCGAGUUUGACUUCGAAAUGACUGAGUUAUCGAAUAAUUGUAACGCUAUACAAACUGCUUCGCAAAUCCCACAUUCGACGUCAGAGUUCGGCGAGCAACAUGUCUCCUCAGCAGUUCCUUCCCGGCAUGCAUGUGAUGCGAAAGCCAGCUCGUAUGCAAAAGCUGUGUCACUUUCUCCAAAUGAAAGCGAAGUCACGUCAUCGACGUCUCCAUCCCCACGAUCUGAGUAUUAUCGCUUGAUGUACGCUUGCUUACAGGAGAAAUUCGACUAUGUACAAGCGAGCACGGAUCGUUUGCGAGAUCGUCUUUACCAUGUUAAGAAAGAGGUGACCUAUCUGAAAAGGAUGAAGCGUGUUCUUAUCCGUCGUCUUGCUCGUUACGGCGAAUCCUACUCGUAUGCUCCGCUUGAGAUCCCAGACAAUGUAGACAUUGAGGAUCCGAGCGUCCGAAAGCGAAAAGAACGUCGUGAGAGAGAACGAGAAAGAAAGGAGGCGCAAAGAGCAGCACGGAGAGCUCAACAGGCAAGCACUGAAGAAAAACCGCCCCCUAUAGACUCAUCGGUUGUAAGCCAACCGAACAUGCUAAUUGAAAGGAAUGUACAGAUGGAUAUGAUGACGGCAGUAUCGCCUUGUGAUUUGACCUCUCAUGGUUACAUAGUGAAGCAGUGGGUUGCACAUUGUUUUGAUGGAUACGGGGACGUAUUUCUUGGUAGAUGCAAUGAUACCACACGGGUCGCUAUAAAAAGGAUACCAUUGGAUGCACUCGAUAUCAGAGCUGAUAUACGAGCAGAAGAUCCGGAGGCGCACACAAGCACGCUUGUCCACGCAAAGUCGCCUGAUAGAGGACAACUUUUAUUGGGGGAUUUGCAUAUGAUGAAAUUGCUUCGACAUCCCCAUAUUGUCGAUUUUCACGCGGCCUUCGUUGAUGGGUUGUCACUGUAUUUAGUCCUCGGAGGUUGCUCAUACGGUUCUGUCGCUGAUGUAAUGAUGUCUUCUUACCAAUGUGGUAUUCCCGAAAAGGCAAUAGCUGUGAUACUUCGUCAGUUACUCGAGGCCCUUUCAUAUUUGCAUGCUCAACGGAUUAUCCAUAGAUCAAUUCGUGCUAGCCACAUUCUCAUAGGUGCUGAUGGUAGUGUGCGUCUCACGGGUUUUCGUUUGGCUCGAAAAUUACGGUACAACGAAUUGUCUACAACAGAUUUUGACAACCAUCUUGAGUCGUCAUUGCUUUGGUUGGCUCCUGAAGUGCUUGGACAGGACCUUUGUGGAUACUCGAGCAAAGCUGACAUAUAUAGCGUUGGAGCCACUUUGUGUGAAAUGGCCAAUGGUUUCCCACCUUUUGGUGAUAUGAACAGACUAGAAAUGCUUUACGAGAAGUCACGGGGUACUACGCCACGUCUGUUGGAUGCUACUACGUUGCCAUCCUUUGAAGAGCCAUCCGAACAUAGCAAGCGUACCUUCAGUGAUGCUUUUCAUAGCAUUACCGGCUUAUGUUUGAAAGCAAGUCCUUCGAAUAGACCUGAUGCUAAUGGCCUGCUUUCUCAUCCUUUUUUGAAGAAAACGAAGAAGUCACUACUUGACCUCAUGCCUCUUGCUCAAAAACUCGAACACGUUCAAAGAGUGUCUGAUAAAGCAGUCGUUCCUGAAGAGAUACAGGAUGUUCCUGAAUGGGUGUUUUGAAUUUGUUUUAUAUGAAUUUGGCCAUAUCUUUAUUAUCAAAUAUAUGUAUUUUUGUUGUAUAGUUAUGAACUCUACAUUUUCCAUGUUUCUCGCGUUUUAUCAACGGUGUGGUUUCCAGCAUUUCCAUUUAGUCGAUAGUGAUUUUCGGAUUUGUGGUCUGAUCGGUGCCCCGAAAAAAGAG